UCGAAGCUUCCUGUUAGCACAAAACUAGUCAAACCAUGAGUCCAAAAUUCGUUUUUGCUGUGGCAACACUAUGCCUCGUGCACUUUUUAUUGGAAGUAGAAACCUCGUUUAUAAAACCCAAUAACGUGCCCAGAGUUGGCAGAAGUAAUGAGGGGGAAGGGCCAUAUGAACAGAACCUCAUGGGUUAUGUUAUAAAAACUAUUCCUAGUAAAAAUAUUCCUCGCAUGGGGCGCAGAAAUUUUGAUUCGGAAAAUAGAUACGAUAUUCCAAAGCUGUACCAGGUACCUGCAAGCAAUUUUGAGAGUUUUGAUGAUCAAAAUGCAUUAUCUCAACUGUCUCAGGAACAAGAAGAAUUUUAUAGAAAUAAUUAGACUCUGGAAACUUAAAGGAAUCAUGAUGA